AAGGCAGCAAAGAAUCGACGGAGCGGCGGGGGAGGCAGCAGGCGAAGCAAAGGCGAGGAGGACAAGAGGGACUUUAGGCUGCGUCCCGUGCUUGGGAGCAGCGACGCCAGACUUCUGCAUUCCCCUUGACGCGAGACGGGGUCCCGUACAAUUAAAAAAAAAAAAUAAGAAAAAAAGAGAGAGACAGAGAAGAGACUCCUCCAUUUGACGGUUAACUUCUUUGGAACUCUUUGAACAAUCGUCGUGUCGAAGUGGGUUGGAACGAAGACGUUUUAGUUCGAGGACCGACACUGGGAUUUAAAGAACAUAUCUGCCAAGCACUGUGUUGCGACAACAAGAGGAUAUUUGGGGAGAGGGGGUGUAAAAUACGAAUGAAAGGGCCCGACUUGGGUUACGUUUGACAGGCGCGGUGAGCACAUGACAAGGGGAGCCUUUGAAGAAAAUUGGAAUGAUGACAUUUGGUAGUUAAGCGAAGUAACGAUAACAGCGCUAGCUUGAAAGCUACUCGGCUAAGGUAGCAGACUGCUAACUAAGCCUGUAUCGCCCUUUGCAUUCCCGGAGCAGAGGAGGGGCACUGGGGCUUUUGUAGCAUUGCGGCUGGAAUGGAGAACCCCAAAUGUCUGCCACAUCUACUCAGGGGAAAGUGUUAAACCGCAACCAGAGAGGUUUGAUUUUCCAUUUUUGUUCAAUAGAACAACAGCGUCCAAACCAACCGGCCUGGGGCAGCUAGGCUAUGUUAUUGGGACGACUAGACUUUUCUCUUGUGCCCUGCGGCGAUCAGGAAUGUUAACAUGGGGAGCUGCUGCACCCCAUAUACACCCCAAAAUGUGGAUCUUGAAGGAAAGAUCACGAGUAGAUAGGCAAUACAGCGAGUUCCCCGCAUCUGAAAGUUUUUGAUCCGUAUUUUUGAAACAUAUUCAAGGUGAGAUCACUCCCCCAGUAAGUGGCCAGUUUGACCCCACUUCUUUUUUUACCUUAUUUUCACCAUCAUCAUCAUUCACCAUCGAACCCAACUGGACUGUACAACCAUGUCGGGAGAGGUGCGUUUGAAGAAGCUGGAGAAGCUGAUUUUGGACGGGCCAGCUGAGUCCAGUGGCCAAUGUCUUAGUGUGGAAACCCUUCUGGAUGUCCUGGUGUGUCUCUACGAUGAGUGCAAUAAUUCUCCACUCCGAAGAGAGAAGAAUAUUCUGGAGUUUUUGGAUUGGGCGAAACCUUUUACAUCCAAAGUGAAGCAGAUGCGGCUACACAAAGAAGACUUUGAGAUCCUCAAAGUGAUUGGACGAGGAGCUUUCGGAGAGGUAGCCGUCGUGAAAGUGCGAAAUACGGACAAAGUAUUUGCCAUGAAGAUCCUGAACAAAUGGGAGAUGCUGAAGCGAGCAGAGACGGCAUGUUUUCGAGAGGAGCGAGACGUGUUGGUUAACGGGGACUCCCAGUGGAUUACCACUCUCCACUAUGCCUUCCAAGAUGAUAACAAUUUGUAUCUGGUCAUGGACUACUAUGUGGGUGGUGACCUGCUCACGUUGCUCAGUAAAUUCGAGGACCGACUGCCCGAGGAUAUGGCCAGAUUCUACCUGGCUGAAAUGGUGCUUGCUAUCGAAUCUAUCCACCAGCUUCACUACGUUCACAGGGAUAUAAAGCCCGACAACAUCCUAUUGGAUAGGAAUGGCCAUAUCCGCUUGGCUGACUUUGGCUCCUGCCUCAAACUCAUGAACGAUGGAACGGUCCAGUCCUCUGUGGCUGUGGGGACACCAGACUAUAUAUCUCCAGAAAUCCUCCAGGCUAUGGAGGAUGGGAAGGGCAAGUAUGGACCUGAAUGUGAUUGGUGGUCCCUGGGCGUCUGUAUGUAUGAAAUGCUGUAUGGAGAGACCCCCUUCUAUGCUGAGUCCCUUGUGGAAACAUAUGGCAAGAUCAUGAACCACAAGGAGCGAUUCCAGUUCCCACAACAGAUAACAAAUUCAGUUUCAGAGGAAGCAAAGGAUCUCGUCCGUCGGCUCAUUUGCAGUCGAGAGUACCGGAUAGGACAGAACGGAAUUCAAGACUUCAAGCAGCAUCCAUUUUUUGCUGGCAUUGACUGGGACAAUAUCCGCUUGUGUGAGGCACCUUACAUCCCGGAGGUCAGCAGUCCCACAGAUACCUCCAACUUCGAUGUGGAUGAUGACUCCCUCAAGAACUCAGAGACCAUGCCCCCUCCCUCUCACACUGCUUUUUCUGGCCACCACUUGCCCUUUGUGGGCUUCACCUACACCGGUAAAUGCACAAUCUCCGAUCGAGGUUGCCUGCGGCAGUUGUCAGGUGAGGCAGGCAAGACGGGUCAGGGACAGGUUGACGCGGACAUCCAGCGUAGCUUUAAGGACAGCCUCGCCGUAGAGGCCUACGAGAGGAGGAUCCACCGUCUGGAACAGGAGAAACUGGAGCUGAACCGCAAAGUUCAAGAUUUGUCGAAGACGGUACAAGCACAUCAGCGCCCAACCGGUGAAGUCCUUUUGAGUAGCAACAAAGAGGGGGAGAUCAGGAGUCUAAAGAACGAGAUUGACAUCCUCAAGAAACAAAUUGCUGACUCAGGCCAAUUGGAAAAACAGCUCGAAGAUGUGUCGAUGGCUCGUCGAGAACUAGAGGACUCCUCCAAACAUAUUAAGAUGUUAGAGAAACAAAUCAAAAGUCUCACAAGGGAGAAAGAUGAUUUGCUGAAGGACCUUGUGGAAUCCAAUGAGAAGAUGAAGUCACAGUCAAAGGAUCUGAAAGAAGCUCAGGGUCAGAGAAAACUGGCCGUGAAUGAGUUUUCAGACCUCAAUAAGGACCUCUCAGACCUCAGAUCGGAAAAGCAGCAACUGUCUCGCCAGUUGCGUGACAAAGUGGAGGUCAUGGAGAGCCAAAAUCAGAAAAUUGAGGCUCUGCGCCUUGAGGUGCGCAAAGCAGAGAAGGCCAUGAAAGAGAUGGAGACUAAAAUGGAGGAGCGCACGGCAGAAACGCUUAAGGAGAGGAAGGUGAAAGAACGUAAUGAGCAGUACACCCGGCAGCUGGAGGGGGAGCUCGAAAGGCUGAAGGGAAAACAAGUUGGCUCUUUGGCUGUCUCGACUCCAUCCAACCAAUUCCAGGCCAUGGGCCGUUUGCGGGGUGACCUGGAGAAGCAGACCCACAUACACGAGGAGGAACUGGCACGUCAAGAGGCCCAACACAACACCGAGUUGAACGACUUGCGCCAGGAACUACGUGACGCCGAAAGCCAGCAUCUCAACAUGCAGAAAGAAAUGCUGAUGCUCAAAGACAAGCUCGAGAAGACUCGAAGAGAGAGUCAAUGUGAGCGGGAAGAGUUGGAGACGGAUUACAAGCAAAAGUAUGAAAGGGAAGAAGUUCUGCUUACUGAAGAAAAUAAAAAGCUAUCCAGUGAAUUGGAUAAGAUAACAAGCAUGUUUGAGAAGUUGAAUGUCUCCAACCGGCAACUCGAGGAAGAGAUGAGAGAGUUGGCUGACAAAAAGGAGAGUGUUGCUCACUGGGAGGCCCAGAUCACAGAAAUCAUCCAGUGGGUGAGUGAUGAGAAAGAUGCUCGCGGUUACCUGCAGGCUUUGGCCACAAAGAUGACGGAAGAGCUGGAGGGCCUGAGAAAUACCAGUCUGGGAGCGAGAGCUACGGACAUGCCUUGGAAGAUGCGUCGCUUUGCCAAGUUGGAUAUGUCUGCUCGCCUGGAGUUGCAGUCUGCCUUAGAUGCCGAGAUCCGGGCCAAACAGGGAAUUCAGGAUGAGCUGAAUAAGGUCAAGGCUAACAACAUCUCCACGGAAUGUAAACUGCAGGACAUAGAGAGUAGAAAUCAGGACCUCGUGGCUGAAAUCGACAGGCUGAAGAAAGAGAACGAGGAGCUGCGGUUACGCAGAGGUGUCAAGCAUCAGGAUUCCCAGAAUUCUUUCUUAGCUUUUCUCAAUGCCCCCACCUCAACACUUGACCAGUUCGACCGCUCACCAUCCGUUGGCACGGCUAGCAAAGGCAGACGCGUGGACUCAAUGGAUAAUUUCACAAGCUCCAACACUCCAUCCCGGGAAGAUGACCAGAAGUCUCACCGCAAGUCCCGCUCACGUUCACCCUCAAUGGCCAGCGAUAUGGAUCCCAUAGAGUUGAUAGAUCAUUCUCCUCGUGCAGUCCAGAACCCCAGUUUGCGCUCAGGAGGAUAUGGCAGUAUCGGUCGCUCUUCCCCUAAGCCAAAAGCACAUCAGUUUGUGGUGAAAUCAUUCAACACGCCCACUAAAUGCAACCAGUGCACUUCUCUCAUGGUGGGACUCAUACGCCAAGGUUGCACCUGUGAAGUCUGCAACUUCUCCUGCCAUGUAACAUGUGCAGACAAGGCUCCAGCGGUAUGUCCCGUUCCGCAGGAUCAGACCAAAGGACCGCUCGGGAUCGACCCUCAGAGGGGCAUUGGGACGGCAUACGAAGGGCACGUAAGGGUGCCUAAACCAACCGGAGUGAAGAAGGGCUGGCAGAGGGCCUUGGCUGUGGUGUGCGACUUCAAACUUUUUCUCUAUGAAAUUGGAGAAGGAAAGACAACACAGCCGAGUGUAGUUGUGAGCCAGGUCAUAGAUAUGAGGGACGAGGAGUUUUCCGUCAGCUCUGUUUUGGCCUCCGACGUUAUUCACGCUAGCCGCAAAGACAUCCCGUGCAUCUUCAGAGUAACGGCGUCUCAGCUCUCCCCCUCCAGCAGCCACAAGCCAUCCAUCUUGAUUCUAGCCGACACUGACCAGGAGAGAAACAAAUGGGUGGGCCUUCUCAAUGAGCUCCACCGUAUCCUCAAGAAGAACAAGCUCAAGGAGCGUUUCGUCUACGUCCCCAAGGAGGCUUACGACAGCACGCUGCCGCUCAUCAAGACGACGCAGUCGGCUGCUAUCAUAGAUCAUGAGCGCGUCGCCCUCGGCAACGAAGAAGGCCUCUUUGUCAUCCACGUCACCAAAGAUGAAAUCAUUCGAGUGGGCGACAAUAAGAAGGUGCACCACAUUGACCUGAUCCCCCAGGAGCAGCUGCUGGCCGUCAUCUCCGGACGGAACCGCCACGUCCGACUAUUCCCCACGCAGGCCCUGGAUGGCCGCGAGAUUGACUCCUACAAGCUCGGCGAGACUAAAGGCUGUCAAACCAUUGUCUCCGGGCCUGUUCGUAACGGCUCGCUCACGUGUCUCUGUGUGGCCAUGAAGAGGCAAAUCAUGUGCUACGAGGUGAACAAGAGCAAAGUCCGCCACCGUCGGCUGCGGGAACUGCAGGCUCCAGGGCUCGUCCAAUGGAUGGGUUUGCUUAAUGAGCGGCUGUAUGUGGGCUACCAGUCCGGCUUCACCCGCUACAGUGUCCAUGGCGACGUGUCUCCAGUUAGCCUGCUCCAUCCCGAGGACCACACCCUGGCUUUUAUCCCUCAGCAGAACCUGGAUGCCCUUUGUGCCGUGGAGAUCUCUAGCAAGGAGUUGCUACUCUGCUUCAGUGCCAUCGGCGUGUAUGUGGACUCUCAAGGUCGCAGGUCACGCCAGCAGGAGCUCAUGUGGCCUGCUGUGCCAAACGGCGCCUGCUACAAUGCCCCUUAUCUGUCAGUGUACAGUGAGAAUGCAGUUGAUGUGUUUGAUGUCAACACCAUGGAGUGGAUUCAGACCAUCCCGCUAAAGAAGGUGCGACCGUUGAACGUCGACGGCUCCCUAAACCUGUUGGGGCUGGAAACAGUGCGGCUCAUCUAUUUUAGAAACAAAACAGCUGAGGGCGACGAGCUGGUCGUCCCGGAGACGUCAGACAACAGCAGGAAGCAGAUGGUACGCAGCAUGACCAAUAAGAGACGCUUCUCCUUCAGGGUGCCAGAAGAAGAACGACUUCAGCAGAGGAGAGUGAUGCUGCGGGAUCCAGAGAUGAGGAACAAGCUGAUCUCCAACCCUACAAACUUUAACCAUGUUGCCCACAUGGGACCUGGGGAUGGAAUCCAGAUACUCAAAGACUUGCCAAUGAACGUCCACAUCCAAGAGAGCCGUGCAGGCUUCAGCGGUUCCGUCAGCAUCCCUUCCAUCACCAAGAACAGAGCCGAGCCGGGCCGCUCCAUGAGCGCCAGCAGUGGACUUGGCAUACGCUCGGCCUCCCAGAAUGGCAGCGCCCUGCGUCGGGAGCUGUCGGGCGGAAGCUACAGCUCCAAGCGCCAAGCCAUGACGUCGCCCUCCGAGAGCUCCUUGUCCUCAGGUGGCGGCAUUGACUGUGUGGAAGCUCCCCUCUCCCAGUUUGACAGAGAGUGGCAGGCAGUUUCGCCGUCGGAGAAGACCCCCGAUCUGAAAAGAGCUUUAAGGACCUUGCUUAGUAAGAUGAAGGAUUCUGACUCCCCUCGCCACUCGACAGCCUCCAACAGCUCAACCUUCAGCAGCCCCCCGAGUCCGGCCUCGCCUCACAAGACCAAGUCGUUGUCCUUGGAGAGCACUGACCGCACGGGCUGGGACACAUGAGCCGGCCCGCCUGACCAACCCACCGCGCCCUCACUAGCCCGGCAGCCCAGCGACAGCACACGACCCCCCCAGGCCCACACAACUGUACCUCUCUCGACCCCCCCUUCCUCUUCCUGUUUGGGUGGAGAAGUGGUAUAUGAAUCAAACAUCUCCCUCCUCUUCAGCAUCAACCGACACGCCCCCUCUCUGCCUCAUUCAGAUGCAAAGACAGGAAAAAAAAAAAAGAUUUGUAUUUGUACAUAGGAGCCUUUUGGGGUUUUAGGGGACAAUAUUUUAAUUUAUUUAUCAAUCUUAGAUUAGAAGCAUUCGUUUCUCAUGGCGGCCGGAAAAACACCUAGCCCCAGCCCGGCCCCCCCCCUCCCUCAUUCCCAACCAAGCUGCAGACUUUGCUAACACUAAACUUCCCACUAAGUGAGUGACUUUACGAUCCGUUUCCCUUCCAAAAUAAAACGUCAUCACUCAUCUUCGGUCCGUUGGACCAAUCAUCAAAAGGGGUCCACUUUGCCCCCCCUCGACCAACCACCACAAUAAUGUACAUAGGUUCAAAGUAGAGAGUAAUAUAUGAUAAGGAAAUACUAUAGAGAACUACACUUUUAUUUUCCUUUUAUUCUGGAAUGAUUUGGAGUUUUAUUCACACAAAGUCAAUUUUAAAACUUUUAUUUGAAUUCAAUUUGUUUUAUUUUAUGACACUUUGUUCCCCCCUCCCUAACAUAUUGAUUUGCAUUUGAGUGAAAAUCUGGGUGAACCCGCAUACGCACUGACGAGACGUUAAUGGAGCAAAAUGUUUGCGUGCAUGUGUGAAACCAAAAAAAAAAAAAAGAGGUGGGGAAAAAGAGAGGCAACAUGCUUGUAUUGAACAAUGUUUGUUUGGAUCAUCUACUCAUUUAUGAGAAAAAGAAUGUCAACACUGAGGGAGAUCAUUGUUUAUAAACUUGCCUCCCACUCACAACCCCAAUCCGCUUAUCAUAGUGCUGACUGUUUUAUUUUAUUUUAUUUCUUGUACUGGUGGAUGCAAAGUGUCCUCAAAUGUGACACUACCAUGUGAAUAUUCACAACACUACAGUGUGCUUCUAAUAUGCUAUUGUCACUUCUUAAGUGUGGUUGUCAGGGAAACAAACUGUACUUCACUUGAUCAUUUCUCGUCAUUCAGCUUUUUUUUUUGAAACACUAUUCCACACGUGUGUGUUUUCCUUUUCGUUGCGUUACUAACAAAAGUCGAUUUUGAUUCUGAUUGAAAGCACCUCCCAAGCGCCUGGCAUGUGGAAUGUAUUACCCCAGAGUGAGGAGGACCUCUUAUUGGCCGUUGUUGUACAAAUUAAAGAAAACAAUCCCGAAGAAAAGAGACUAACUCAGGAAAAGGUUGGAAGCAAUAUGGUGAUUGGAGAAGUGGAUUAAAAAAUGGUUAUAGGGCUGCUGUGGAGAGAAAAAGUUCAAUAAAUCAAUUGCCUUUGCAUUUCAGUGAGGUCUUAUCUACGAUACCUUCUGUAUUUUGCUCUUUCAUAUCAUAAUACACUUUGGUUGUUUUCUAGGAUUGCUUUGUAAUAAUUUGUACAGUUUUGCAUGGAAUAGAUGUAAUCAUUUGUUUUUGGUUUGUUUUCCUUUGGAUUUGCUUUCCCCUCCUCUUAUUUUUUAAACAGUUUGGGUGUUUUACUGAGGAUAACCCACUACAGGUGAUGUAGAUUCUUUUUGCACAAAAAAUAUUUAAGGUGUAAGGUCAAAACAAAAUAUAUGGAACUGGCUGCCACACUUCAGUGGACAACUCAUAUUAACCUGACUCCGAUGUAUUUCAAUAAAGCGGAGGGCUGUUACAAAUGGA